AUGGAGAACGAUCAAUCUGAAGAUGGAGUACUUUCUGACCCAUUUCAAAAAAUGUCGAAGCAUAUGAAUGAGCGUGUGCAUUGGUUUAUAGCGGGAGUGGUGCUCGGACAAACGGCACUACAUCUUGCUUUGAGGCGUUCAUAUAUCGAUAUUGCACUGCUUCUGAUAACGAAAGGUUGCAAAUUGGAUAUACAAGAUAAGAAUGGUGACACGGCUCUGCACAUCGCCUCUCGUAUCGGACUUCUGUCGGCUGUUCAAACGCUUUGUCAUCUUGGCGCUCUUGUGGACGUUGUUAAUCAGAAAUCAUUGACACCGCUGCAUCUCGCUGCUAAAGAAGGUCAUAUUGAAAUUGUUCGCUGUUUAUGCUUGUUUGGCGCCAAUGUUCUUCGGAAAAAUAAGGACGGACUUACAGCUGAGAUUAUCGCGCUAGCUCAAGAGCAUACUCAAAUUGGUACACUUUUAGCGAAAAUGAAAUUAGAUCAAACACGUGAUGCCUAUGUGGAACAGUUAUAUCCUUUGGAAAUUUCAUUACGUCGAAUUAAGUUAAAAGUAUUCGGGCAUGCUGGUGUCGGUAAAACCCGACUGAUAUGUUCCCUUCAGAGUGGAAGCAUGAUUGGAUCCAUAAUUGGAGCCGUUCAGCGACGUUUUUCAGAUAAUCCAUCUCCUUCCUCUUCAAUGACAACAUCAAAUCCCUCGCAAGAUGAAGGGAUGAAUUCGUUUGAUGAUUCAUUGGAGUCGAACAACAAUAUGAAAGAUGGCCGAAGGCGGGUAGUGCCACACUUGCAGUAUACUCGCGGAAUUGAUGUGCAAAAUGUCAUGCUGCAAGGAUGUGGUGAAUUUUCGGUCUGGGAAUUCGGUGGUUACGAACCAUAUCAUAUGGCAUAUGAUCAUUUUGUUGGCAAUACUGACUGUGUUCAUGUAAUUGUAUAUCGUUGUAUCGAUCCGACAGAGAUACAAUACAAACAAGUGCUUUAUUGGAUGAACUUCUUGAAGGGACGGGUCACCCCAAGUGAACCGAUUGGACAUUGCGGAAUCAUUUCACGAAGGAGCAAAGUAAUAAUAAUUGGCAGUCACGCUACUCCAGUACUUUUUCCGCAAAGGAAUAGCGAUGGCGAUUAUAUAUCAUCGGAUGGUGAUGCAAUGCUGAAAACUGUUCGCUUACGUUUCGAAACACACUUUGAUAUACACGAUCAAUUAAUUUUACUCAAUUCCACUCAAAAUAAUUGUCCAGGGAUUAAAUCACUCAAAACAUAUCUUUCAAAAGCACGCGAGUCCAUACUUUCGAGGUUGCAAAAGCCUUUGGGCCUAUUAGACACGACGAUACAAUACAUUGCCGGCGUACGUAAGCAGCAUGCUUUUUUUCCGGUGAUAACAUGGCCACAUUUUACUACUUUAGUACGGAAUGAGGUGAAUUCAUUGGCUAGUGAUAACCACUGCAGACAGUUAAUCCAGCAAUUGCAGCUUAUUGGCGAGGUCGUUUAUUUACGGGAUGAGGUAUCAGAACUGGAUUACGUCGUAUUGUCACCAGAAUGGCUUGGUACCCAUGUGUUGGGCAAUCUCCUUUCCGCAGAAUUUCUUUCACGUUGUCGUAUGAAUGGUUGUUAUUCGGUGGAUGAUUUUGCACCAAUUUAUCCGGAAAUUUCCGAUCUAGCUGAUUUACUACGGAUUUUGGACACACUACAACUGUGUGCGCCUACUGAUUCUGAUGGUGAAGCGGAAUUUGAAUUCCCAGCCUUUAAUACUUUGGAUCCUCCGAAAGAUAUUUGGCAACGUGACCGGCCAACUUAUGUUUACGGCGGAGUACGGGUUUUACCAAUGCGUGGAAUGGAGCGUUCACUUCAGAGCACUUUUCCGCGGAUACAAGUCGCACUACGUCGAUCGAUGCAUGAUUUUCAGGCCAGUCGUUUAGAUCGUUUUGAUCCGAUGGACGCAGAUCUGAUGCAGUGGAACAAUUGCAGCAAGAUGAGUUCUGGCCAAAUGGAAGCUUUAAUUCGCUUACACGGUGAUGCAGUCGAAAUUCAAGUACGCGGUCCAUGUGAAAUAGCUACAUCAUGCUUUUAUUUUCUGGAGGACAUAACUAAUCUUGUGGAGCAAACAGCUCAAGAAGUAGCACCAGGCAUUUCACUUGAAAGGCACUUCCUUUCUCCAAAACAUCUAAGAGAACACUUCGUGAAUCCGGCUAUUUAUGCUCCGGAAACAAUUAUGGCGAUGCAGCAGGCGGAAUCGUUAACCAUUCGUAAUAAUCAGGAAGGCGAUGAACUGUUUACAGAUGUUGUAUGUUUCGGAUCAAGAGAUGUAGCUUCUCUGCUGACGCUUGGUAUCGAUGUUGGAGUUGCACAACUACAACUUGCAUCUCGUUGCGAAUUAGCUGCGCUUUUGGAUCCUUCAGAUGCGAUGGGCAGAGAUUGGUCUAUCCUGGCGGUGAAAUUAAAUCUCACUGAUCAGCUGCCGGAAGUAGAUUCGACAGGACAAAGUCUUUCGAGAACUGACCAACUUUUAGCUGAAUGGGCGUUGCAAUGCCCAGAAACAGCAACUGUUGGUCGAUUGUGUACUGUUCUGGAGGAACUUGGAAGACAGGAUGCUCGCGAUGCUCUUUACAGGACUGUUCCGCUGUAUUUGUUUGCUCCGAUGGACGAGCAACCGGUGGUACAUUUAACGGAAUACGGUGAUUCGGGUGUGGUUUCUUCAACGCAGUCGACUAUUGAUCCACGCUCUGCCUCAACUCUGUCACGAUAA